ACAACACCAGCCGAUGGCAUAAACCCCACACUCACGCUCCCACGCCUCCACCUCCUUCCCACCCGCCCUCGACUCGCUCUGGCGUUUUUUCCGUUCUUUCCGCAGUGUAUUGUUCAUUUCCUGCAUUUGAGUCAUGUACCAGUGGGCGGGGAGCGAGCGGUAGCACGGGCGGGUUGUCCCGCGGGGAUGAGGGGUGCCGUUGGAUUUCGUGUCAGGUGCCGUUUGCCGAUCUCAACAAACGGGUUACAACGAUGUGACAACACAGCAACACAAGCAGAUGUUUUCCCAUAGACAUCUCUACGCGUGGCUCGCGGUUAAUGGUAUUGUAGUCUACUCAAUGUGGACUUAACCCCAAUCCUUCUUUGAAGGAAGAAGUCCUUCCAAACAGAGGAGCGUCCCGAGUCAAGAUAAGAACCUGGAAGCAGGGAAGGGUCGGUGGCAGAUCUGGGAACAGGAAGGCAGGAUUGUCCAAGUAGGAUGAAGGAGGGCAAAGAGGGGUGGGGGUGAUUUGUGUUACUUGUCCGAGGAGGUUCUUUCCCCACUGAAAUACAGGACUGCCAGCAAACUGUUCACCCCCCGUCUGGCUACUUGCAACUUGUGCUCCUGUGAGCGGAUAAGCCUCGAGUAGUAUGAAAUCGCUGAAGCUGCACGCCAAGUGGGAAGCAAGUGACUCGUCUGGACCACUUUCCCCCCUACAGGAUGGGAUAUUGGAAGGCACGGUGAGCUGGGAAGAGACGUCCGACCGCGGACUAGCGCUGAUGCCUCGGGUUAGGCUACGAAAGUGGAAGACCGGGGGCGGUGGAGGUGCCAAUUUGGAGGACGAGGCGGCAUAAAGAUUCUUGCGUCGAGAUCAAGCAUCCGGGUGCUAUGAAUUUGGAAAAAAUUGGCCACUGACUGCAUGCAGGCCACAACGACUUGGGGCGAGAAGUGUGAGGCCGUCAAGCUCGGAACAUAUUCCUGCGUCAAGGUGGUGUCUGUCGGCUGUUUCUUGCCCCGUGGUCGGGCUGAUGUCUAUCACCACGGAGGUGAGAGGCGACUCCAUUUGUGGCUCAAAGUUCUCCUGCCACUGAACCAAGCUCGUAGACUCGUCUUGUGUUGUUUUGGCAUGUCGGCCUAUAGAGGAGGGACGAUAUGUAGCACAUCAGGUUGGACAGAGGAUCGAGGGAGUCAAACUCGGUAGGAUCAACUUCGCAUAUUGGAUAGAAAAUUGAGAGUGUGAUGUUUGGGAGGACGCGAGUUGAUGUCCCAAGGUUGAACAUUUCGGAAGUUAAGACCUCCUAAGAUUGUUGUCGAGCGUGGCAGAUAACGGAGCGGCACAUAGAGCUCUGCAGAUGAUAUUAUAGCGAACGAAACAGAGGAAGCUGUGGAGCUGUAACGCCAUGUAUUCUUCGAAAGUGCCACUGCCUUCUGACGGCUUGAAUAGCCUUGCUGAGUGACGAAGCGCGGUGUUCCUCGGGUG